AUGGACAGGCAACAGGCCUUUCAGCUAUUGAAACGACCAUGCAUACAACUGCUACAAACCACUGCCAGCAUAGGACAGACGCCUGGCGCAAAGACGGAACUAGUACAAGGGCUCACCAAUCUUCUGGAUACCCUUCAGAAAAUCAAUCCAAAGGCAGUAGAUGCUAAGCUCGCCGAGUAUGCGUUCGUUCCCAUCUCCCAAGUGCUUCGUAGUUCACGCCAAGUUCCGGUUCGCGGUCUUGAACUUUGUUUGGAGUGCAUCUCCAGGCUUCUCCAGACUGGCUGGGGAGGUGCUCUUGAACCCGCUCUUUCUGGCCAGCUUCUUAUUCUUUUUACCUUCCUAGCCAAACCUUCCUCUGCAGAAAAUGGCAUUGCAGCCACUUCAGAAGAAUUGCAGGCCCUGGCUUUUCAAUGCAUGGCUGAGCUGUUGACCGAGAAUGGACGUACUCAACAUGGCAGACAAGCCAUAACAUCGACAGCAAACGUCCCAGCACUGGGCGAGGCUGUGCUUGUCAUGGUUGAGAGUCUCGCAAGUAGUCCCUCCCACAGUGUGAGACUUCAAGCCGUCAAUGCGCUCAAGGCCAUCACCGGCGCCAUAGAUGAUAAUGAUGCCCUUGCGAGCUUCUUCCCCAAGAUUGUCUCUUCAUUGACAAAUCUGUUGACAUCAAGCGGCAGCAGUCGACCCAACUUUCGGAUUGUUGAGAGCGGCUUGAAUAUGCUCACAUCACUACUAUCGCGUCUGCUCAGUGACGAAAACACCAAGCGCCUACCAGAAAAGGCACCGUCUACUGCUUCAGGCAUAGUGGCUCGUUCCAUGUCCUGGCUGCAAGCUACUUCGUCUCAAAUCAAGCUCGCUCUAUCAAACAUUUUCAAGCUCCGAGAGCACGAUAAGCCAGAGGUGCGCGAAGCACUACUUAGACUCUGCUUGUGUGUUAUACAAGACUGUCGCAAUUCGCUCUCAGACUGUACAAGUAUGGCGGUCGAGACAAUGGUUAGUUUGGUCGGUCGUGACGAGUAUGAGGACAGGAUCGAGCAAAGACUCAAGGCGUUACUAGCUGAAGAUGCGGAACUCUCCGGCAUCCUGCGUGAAAGCUUGCAUGGCUGGAUCGUAUCGCUGUCGCGCAUCAUGCAAUCAAAAGAUGACCAUCGUCGACGUCGCAUGAUUCAGCAAGUCUCGGUCACUUUACGACUCUUCGAUGAUUCCACCAAUCUAGAUGACAGGCUAGCUGACAGUCUAAGAGACGGUGUUUCUAUUGUGCUUUCUGAUUCAAAAGGCCUGGAAGAGGUCAGUGAUCAGUCGUCUUCUGGUGUAACUGAUCGGACAUUGAUGCUAUCAACCACAAAAUCCUUGGACUUCCCAUCACUGAAAUUACGCUUCAAAGGUCAAGAAGACAUGAUGGCAGAAUUCAAACUCCUGGUCCAUGAACUCGCAAGGUCUGAUGCUGCUUUGAAGGUGGUGCAGGAACUCACGACAUCGAUCGAUGCCGGACCUCAAGAGAGGCGAUUAGCCAGUUUCUGGCUCUCUGUGAAUUUGUUGCAGGACGUGACGACGACCAACCCUUCAAUCGAUGACUUCAUGGACCUUGGGACACCAAAUGUUCGGGAAGAAGUCCUGGAUGAUCUAUACUCCCACUCAUUAACUAUACUUAAUGAACGGGACGCGGACGCACAAACUCAGUGGCAAUUUUUUGCACUUGCGCUCGAAACGGUGGCCUUGCAGUCGAAACGCUAUCGACUUGAAUUUCGGGCAGAGCUCAGUGAAGUGCUGUAUCCUGUGCUCAGUCAUCUCGGUAGCUCGAAUCCUGCGCUCCGAGAACACGCAAUGACCUGUCUGAAUAUCGUUUCGGAAGCAUGCGGGUAUGCUGAUGCUGGCGAUCUUGUUGUUCAGAAUGUCGAUUACAUUGUCAAUGCUGUGGGACUGAAGCUGGCUAUUGGCGAUGUCUCCCCUCAGGCCCCUCAGGUUCUAUUAAUGAUGAUGCGACUCUGCGGGCCGUCAUUAUUACCGUACCUGGACGACCUUAUCGGGAGUAUAUUUGACGCUUUAGAAAGAUAUCACGGGUACCCAAAGCUUGCUGAACUUCUGUUUUCGGUAUUGAAAGCCAUGACAGAGGAAGGUGUCAAAGCUCCACAGCUUGCCUUGACUACGGGAAAUGAUAUUCCACAAACUCAACACAAAGAAAAAUCUGUCACAAUGGCAGACGCAAUCGAAGCACUCAAGCAACUCCAGACUACCCUCCAGAAGCAAGUCAACGAAGCAUCCCAUGAAACACACGAGCCCUUCCCCCAAAAGCCCUGGAAACAGGAAAAACCAGUCUCCACAAGCCCACAUGAAUCCUACGACAAUGAUGCCCUCCCAGAAGACAGCGAAACCCCAACGGAACCAUCCGCCCCUACCACCCAAGACGACCCUCCGCCCCCUGCACCCCGAACCUACACCCUCCUCCUGAAGAUAUCCUCCCUAACACAACACUACCUCACCACUCCUUCCCCCUCCCUUCGCACCUCCCUCCUCGCCCUCCUCCGCACCACCAUCCCCACUCUCGCUCGUCACGAAAACUCUUUUCUCCCACUCAUACACACACUCUGGCCUGUUCUUAUACCGCGAUUAGAGGACCCAGAAGCAUAUAUCGUGGCGAACGCGCUGGACACUGUGGCGCUGAUGUGCGAGUACGCGGGUGACUUUAUGAGGACCCGGAUCGACGACGCCUGGGAUAUUCUAGGAAGAGUGUACAGAAGAGCUAAAGGAAAACCCGGAGAAAGUAGUAAAAUUUACAAGACGCCCACGGGGAGAAAGAAAAUUGAACUCGCCGGAAUCACACACGGCAUGGGCGGACUUUCAAUGAUGUCUUCCUCAAUCUCCUCUUCUGGCCCUGCCGAGCUGUAUACACCCGAACACUACAUCGAUGCCCCGACGCGCAUGAUUUGGAAUGCGUUUGUGGGCUUGCUGUGCAGUGUUGCGCGGUUUGUGACGGUCAAGGAGGAGCGGGGGGACGAGAUGCUGGAUAUGCUGGACUCGGUGUUGGAGAGGGAGGACGUGAGGAGUGCGAUGGAAUGUUGGAAUGCUGAUGCGGUUUGGCUGCGGCUUUGGAAGAAGGGGUCGCAAGUGGAGCAUGUAGCGAAGGGGGUAGGCGUGGGUGAGAUGCCGGUUGGGAGGCCGCAGUGGCGGUUUGUUGCCGUUUAG